AUGUACCUUCGCGCCGUGCACGCUGAAUUCCACAUCCCCGCCCUCCGACGCUUCAUACGGGAAAACCCUUUGGGAUUGUUAAUCACGUCCUUGUCCUCACCGAAUUUCCCUACUAUACAAUGCACGCACAUUCCAUGGGUGCUCGAUGUCGAAGACGACUCGAGCGAGACAGACCUAGGUAGAAUACGCGGUCACCUCGCUCGACAAAAUCCGCAUUCAAAAGCAAUCAUUGAAGCCGCCGCCCAGCUUCAACAAGCCACUUCUGAUAAUACCACUUCUCCAUCAAAUGGGGCACAGAAACUCAGAGAAGAAGUCUCCGUCAUCUUCAACGGCCCCGCACAUCACUAUGUGACGCCCAAAUUCUACGUCGAGACCAAACCCACCACGGGAAAAGUCGUGCCCACGUGGAACUACUCGGCUGUGCAAGUGUACGGAACCGCCACGGUGCACUACGAUACCCAUCUCGAAGAGACGGGCCAAUUCCUGCAGCGGCAGAUAUGCGACCUAUCAAAACACGCUGAGACGACGGUCAUGGGGUACGAAAGACCUUGGAGUGUUGGGGAUGCGCCCGAGCGGUACAUCGAGCUGCUCAAGAAGAACAUCAUCGGCAUCGAUAUCGAGAUCACCCGGUUGGAAGGAAAGUACAAGAUGAGUCAGGAACUCGGCAAGGUGGACCGGCAGGGCGUGAUCAAAGGAUUCGAAGCUCUCAACACCCAGCUCGGGGACUUGGUGGCGAAGACGGUCGAGGAGAGGGGGGAGCUAAAGGAUUCACAGAAGUCUGUGGGCGAGGCUCGUGCCUAA